ACAAAUAAGGAAGGCAAAAGAAAACAACUUCUUCAGGUCCAGCCAGGUGCCAGCAGACGACAAGCAUGUUUUGCUGCAAAUGUGGUAUACUGGCAGCAGAAAAUGCAAAGUUUUGCCAUAUUUGUGGAUUAGAUUUUAGACAGUCGAGAAACAGUGCAGGUGGGGACGAAGAAAUGCAUUGUUUUGUACAGCCUUCAGGAAUUGGAGAAGUCGAUAAAGGUUUUAUACAACCUACAGUGAAAUCUUUCGAAAAAUUUAGGCAAGAAAAGGGGCGCCAAUGGAAGGACAGAGUAAAGGGGAAAAAAAGAAAGGAAAAGCAUGUAAAAGAAGAGGAUGUUACUAUUUGUAUUGGCUUGAUGGAAUGGCGGGAAAGCGAGUGUAAACUUAAAAUCAAACGUGGAAAGAGAAUUUCGUGCAAAGUUUCAAACAUGGAUACGAGAAUGGGUGUGUUGAUAAAGGCAGAAAAUAAGUGGCGACAAUAUCAUCCUGAUUUUUAUGACACAGAAGAGGAGUAUUGUUUACUUUAUGAGAGUGGGGAGAAAGUUACAACGAUUCCUGGUUGUGAGGAGGAUUUUAUUUUACACAGAUAUCGAGAAGAAGUGGGAAAAGAUUACAAAAGAAUUGUUUUAUACCAAGUUUCAUAGAAUCAACAGAGCAGAAAAAAGGGUUUUAUUGUAAUUUACCUGCUACAUAUUAAGGUUUUGUUUUGUUUGGAAAAAACUGAGAUUUGUUAUUACUUGCAGAGUUACGUUUUUACACGUAUACGUUUUUAUAUUUACAUUGUUUUUUCUGUAUAAUAUUUUUGUUGUAUAUAAACUUUGAACA